AUGUCCUUUGUGGUCUCUGCCGACAAAGGCAAGGGUCUCCUUGCACAGGUGAACAACUUAAAAGUGGGUGUUGCCAUCUCGCUUUUUGCUCCCAAGGUGGACUUUGCCAGAUCAGAUGACUCAUCUCUUCAGCUCAAAGACCCCAAGUCUGCUUUUGAGCUCGUGGAGCCCAACGCUAUAGUGAAAUACGUUUCUCAGGAUUUUGCCAACACAGAUAGUGUGGCUGUGGAAGAGUCUGAGGUUUACCAGGCACUUAAAGGUGGGAAGAAGGAACAGGUUGUGGAGGCAUUGAAGAAGGUCCAGGUUCCACAAGAUGUCAACCAGACAAGCGCCAAUGUCGUUGUUUUUGGUGCAGUUUAUCCGUUUAUCGAGGAGCUUAAAGAUACGAAGAUAGGCCAGUGGGCUGGCGAUUUUGCCAAGGACGCUAAGGUGGCUGAUGGUGUCUCCAAGGCUACUGGCGUCACUUCUAUUGAAAGAACUGUGGCAGCAGCCACGGGCGCCACGAAAGUCAAGACAGGCUUUUUGGUGAAGGAGCAGGGUGACAGCAUUGUGCCAAAGGAAAAUGAAAGAAACAUUUUAAUUACUUCGGCGUUGCCAUAUGUGAAUAACGUGCCUCAUUUGGGUAACGUUGUGGGCUCGGUGCUCUCUGCUGAUAUCUACGCUCGUUACGCUAAGAACAGAAACUACAAUGCCAUUUUCAUCUGUGGUACCGAUGAGUACGGUACUGCCACGGAAACCAAGGCUCUUGAAGAGAAGGUCACGCCGCAGCAGCUCUGUGACAAGUACCACAAGUUGCACAAGGAGGUGUAUGACUGGUUUGAUAUUGACUUUGACCACUUUGGCCGUACAACUACUCCUUUGCAGACCGAAAUCGCCCAAGAUAUCUUCUUGAAAUUGUACAAGAACGGGUACUUGGAGGAACAAACUACAGAACAAUUAUACUGUCCCGUGCAUAAUGCCUUUUUGGCAGACAGAUUUGUCGAGGGUACAUGUCCAAAGUGUGGAUACGAGGACGCUCGUGGAGACCAGUGUGACAAGUGUGGUGGCUUGUUGAACCCAUUGGAGUUGAUUAACCCAAGGUGUAAGCUUGACAAUGCCACCCCAGAAGUCAGAGAGUCCACUCAUAUUUACUUGAAAUUGAAUGAGUUGGAGCCUGAGCUUAAAAAGUGGGUCGAGGAAGCUUCAGAGAAGGGUGACUGGUCUAAGAACUCCAAGACCAUCACCAACUCGUGGUUGAAGCAAGGUUUGGAACCUAGAUGUAUCACUCGUGACUUGGUCUGGGGUACUCCAGUGCCUUUGGAGAACUACGGCGAAAAGGUUCUUUAUGUGUGGUUCGACGCUUGUAUUGGUUACGUUUCGAUCACCGCCAACUACUUCAAAGACAAGGCUGACCCUAAAGCCUGGGAAAGCUGGUGGAAGAACCCCAACAAUGUGGAAUUGUACCAGUUCAUGGGUAAGGAUAACGUUCCAUUCCACACUGUGGUGUUCCCAGCUUCCGAGAUUGGUACCAAAGACAAUUGGACCAAAUUGCAUCACUUGAACACUACCGAAUACUUGCAAUACGAGGAUGGUAAGUUUUCCAAGUCCCGUGGUGUGGGUGUGUUUGGUAACAACGCCAAGGAGACAGGCAUUUCUCCAUCGGUGUGGAGAUACUACUUGGCUUCGGUGAGACCCGAGACGUCUGACUCUCACUUUUCAUGGAAGGAGUUUGUCACAAAGAACAACUCUGAGCUUUUGGCCAACUUGGGUAACUUCGUCAACAGAUUAGUCAAAUUCACCAUUGCCAAGUACAACGGCGUGAUCCCCGAGUUCGACCCUAAGCACAUUUCUAAUUACCAGGCUUUCGCUGACGAUGUGAACUCCUUGUUGGCUCAGUACAUUGAGGCCAUGGAAGGUGUCAGCAUAAGAAGAGGUUUGGAAUUGGCCAUGGCCAUCUCGUCCAGAGGUAACCAGUUCUUGCAGGAUAACAAGUUGGACAAUUCUCUUUUCAACGACUCGCCAGAUGUUGCCGAUGCCGUGGUUGGUGUUGGUUUGAACUUGAUCUACUUGGUGUCUGCCAUCAUCUGUCCAUUCAUGCCUGAGACCAGAAACCAGAUCCUGGAGACCUUGGCUGCUCCUCCAUUGUCGAUCACGGACAAAUUCGAGCUUGUUUUGGAACCAGGCCAUAACAUCGGUAAGGCUCAGUACUUGUUCAAGAGAAUUGACGAAAAGAAGAUUGACGAGUGGAAGGCCAUGUACGGCGGAAAGCAGAAGAAAUAA